GGAAAUAUUCUGAGCUCCGCCUCUUUCUGGAACCUGGUCUGAUUGAGAGUAAGAGUAGACAAACCACUUUACCGAAUGGAGACACACUGAAGGAGGCACCAACACGACAGUUUUACUUUCUGUGUUGGAUCUAGAGCCAUGGACAAAGCCACAGCAGCCUCUGAUUUCCGAAUUGUGAUGAUCGGAAAGAAUCAGGAGGAAAAGGCAAAACUGGGUACAUUCCUUACAGUCAAGUCCGUCGUUCCUUAUGGAAAACUGCCCAAGCAGAGCAGUGUCUUCUGUGGAGAAUGGAGGAACGCUGCAGUGAAAGUCUACAACACCUCAGACCUGUUCAGUGCAGACAACAAGAAAGUCAAAGAUGAGGUACAGCGUCUGCUCUGUGAGACUGAUCCAGGACCUAACGCCUUUCUGCUCCUCAUCGACCCUUCGGACUUCACCAAAACUGACCGGAACAAACUAAGAUCCGUCCUCAAGUGUUUUGGAGAAGAUGCGCUUAAAUCUUCUAUGAUGAUCGCGAGCAACAGCGAAGUCGGAUGGGGCCCCGCUGUCCACCGACUUAAACAGGACUGUGGUUGCAGAUGCACGAAACUCGAUUUUUCGGAACUUUCCUCCUCACUUCUAAAUGUUUUGAUGGAGAAAGUCGAGAACAUCAUCGCCGACAACCAAGAUCUUUAUCAAGCCGGUCCUGCCAAGUCUGAAGUGAUUUACCAAGAACUGAACACGGAACCGCCUCUAAAUAUGGUGCUCUGUGGCAGGUACAGAGACUACAAAGCCUCAGCAGCAAGAAGUAUUUUGAAAACAAAGAUCAGCGCAGGGAAUUCUGCCAAGAGUGUGGAAUAUGUCGGGAAUGUUUCUGGACGGAUCGUGACAAUGGUAGCACUGCCGGCUUUGUCCAGUUUGACGCCGGACGUAGCCAGAGAUGAAUCUCUCCGUUGCUUCUCUUUGUGUGAUCCAGAGGGAAUCCACGCCUUUGUGAUUGUCCAACCUGUGGGUCCACUCAACCCCGAGGACAAACAUGAGCUGGACGUCAUCAGGAGAGAGUUCACUUCCAAAAUAAAUGCCUUCAAAAUGAUCCUGUUCACGGUGGAUUCUGAGUCAGGAGCUUUAGCUGUGUCCAACUUCAUCAGGAGCAACAAAGACCUACAAGAGCUAUGUGAGAGCUGCAACAAUCGAUACAUCAUUCUGAACAUCAGCGACAAAAAGCAAGUGGAAGACGUGAUCAGAAUGGUCGAGGACAUCAGCCAGAAUGGAUCGAGAAGUUUCACGAGACAAAUGGCAACGAAACCGCAAGUGCCAAUAAGAAAUUCAUUUAUUAAGCCAACUCCAAUGCUAAGGCCACGGAAGAAAACCUCUGUGAAGAAAGAUUCACUACGCAUUGUUCUGAUGGGGAAAACGGGGUCUGGGAAAAGCGCCACAGCCAACACCAUUUUGGGUCGAGAUGAGUUUGAGUCUAAAGCUUCCCAAACAUCAGUCACUAAGUUGUGUAGAAAAGCAGAGGGGCAGGUUGAAGGCAGGUCUGUGGAGAUCGUGGACACACCUGGAUUGUUUGAUACGACUUUAACCAACGCCGAGGUCCAAGAAGAGCUGGUCAAAUGCAUUAGCCUGCUAGCGCCCGGGCCACACGUGUUUUUACUGGUGCUGCAAAUUGGGCGGUUCACCAAAGAGGAGCAAGAGACUGUAGACAUAAUCAAGGGUUUCUUUGGGAUCGGAGCAGAAAACUACAUGAUCAUCGUUUUUACGAGAGGCGAGGAUCUAGCAGGCUUGAGCUUGGACACUUUUCUCAAAGAAGGAAAGAGCGAAAUGAGGACAUUGCUUCAGCAGUGUGGUAAUCGCUGCCAUGUUUUCAACAACAGAGCAAAACAAAAUCGAACACAAGUUCAGGAGUUGUUGAGGAAAAUUGAAGACAUGGUGCGAAAAAAUGGUGGAUGGUAUUACACAGCGGGCAUUUUCCAAGAGGCGGAAAAGGCGAUUGAAAAAGAGACAGUCAAACUUCUUAAGAAAAAGGAACCGGUGAUGAAGAAGCAGGAGCAGGUCAUCGAGGAAAAACACAAGGAGAAUGUUGAAACAAAAAAAAGUCAUAUUUUGAAAAUGAAAGCCAAAAUUGAACAAGAAAUUAAGCAAACAGAGAAAGAGCUUAGAGAAAAGCAGGGGAGGUUAGAAAAAGAACAAGCGAACCGCAGAAGGUAUGAGAAACAAAGGAAAGAGGAAGACAGGAUUAAAAAACAAGAGGAGGAAAUACAGAAGCAGCAGUGGAACAACCGAUACACAAACCUCGUGCAACAAAUCAACACGGAAUCGGAGUCAGUCUCGAAAAGAAGCAGUUUAAUUUUACUGAAAGAGAGUUUAAGAAAGGAGCAGGAAGAAUGGGAACGAAAAAGACAUGAGUGGUGGGCCCAACGGAUGAAGGAAGAGAAGAAACAGAGGGAGGAGGAGAACCAGAUACUGAUGCAGCUCGAGAGGGAGUACACCGAAGCCCGCAAAACCUACGAACUUAAAAAAAGCGAAGACGAAAAGAGACGCCGCGAGGAUGAGCAAGAGUUUAGGGCGAUGCAGGAGAAUCACCAACGACAACUGGAGAUGAUGAGGCUGAAAACCGAAGAGGACGCCAGAAGGCAAGCAGAGGCCAUUAACGAUUUCCAAAGACGCUACGCAAAAGAGAGGGAGGAACUGAGACGGCUAAGAGAAAGGAGACACAGCACGGAGGAAUACUUGGUCAGACAGUUAAUCAGGACCAAAAGUCACAGAAAAGACUUUCUAACGAUGAAACUGAAGCACAAGCGGGAGAUGGAAAACUUGGAGCACUUACAGAAAGGAUACGACGCAGAGGUCCAGUCCAAGGAAAUAGCGGAACUCCAGAAACAGCACGAAGACGAGAUUCACGAGUGGAUCCAAGACAAAGUCAGUACGACGUCGGACACUGCCUGUGCCAUUUUGUAAUUACAAAUUCGCCUGGAAGUAGUAGUAAACACAUGGUUUGGAACAGAUGUAAAACUUUAGAGGAAAAAAUGUUACUAUUUGUGAUCUCUGAAAGACAUUUUUAUGUUUUUAAUAAGACCAAAAAGAAAUACAUUUUUGUCAAAUUGUCCUAUACCUCUAAUCUUGUAUUGUAUUUAUUUAUUUACUGUAUUCUAAGCAUCUGGCCAUGAGAUUAGUGAUCAAUUGAAUUAAAAGUAUAAAACUAUAAAGCUUUAAUAAAUAUGCAUGUAGGAAACUACAUAAUAAUGAGCCCAUAUAUGACAUAAAAACACAAAAAAGUACUAAAGGACGACUUCACUGCUGUGUUUCAGAUGACACCACCACAUUUUGGGCAACAUUCUGGGCCAAUGAUGUUUAACACAGAUGAGGGGCAAAUAAAAUGAUUAUUGUUCCAAUGCAGAUGUGUGCUGUAACACAGUGAGAUCUUAGGUCUAGUCUUUGAUAGAAAUUAUCAGGUUCAACAUUUGUGAUGGUAAAUGUAUGAUGUAAUCAAUAGAACUGUGUGUGGUCAAGGGUCACAUCGUCACAUCACAGAAUCUGAAAACCACCAAAAGUCUGUAAAACACUCAACAAAACACCUGAAUUUAUAUUUUGUUUUUAUAUAUGGAUAUAUUUUUAAGUAAUAUUUCUGUGAAUGUUGAGUUUCUGAGGCCUAAGAUGCACUUUUGUAUUUGAACAGUGGAGAUACAGUCUUUACAGAAUUAGAUAUGACAACAGGUGGUCUUUAUGUACUGUCCCUUUUAUAAAUAAAUAUUUGUUUUUUCAAUU